GCGGCGACAAGAUUAAUCAUCAAUCUUUUUGUCUCGGGCAGCACCAUCUUCGGUAAGGCCUUUGUCGAUGCGUGGCGGCAAGCGAGCAUCAAAGCGGCGCAAGGUGCUGCCGGCCGUAUGUUGAGUGUUCAGGAGGCGCAAAAGAUCUUGGGGCUGCGACCACAGUGCGAGAUGAAGGAAGUCCUGCAGAAAUAUGAGAAAAUGUUCAAGGCCAACGAUCCUGCGAACGGAGGAUCCUUCUACUUGCAGUCCAAGGUGGUGCGCGCCAAGGAGGCGCUGGAGGCCGAGAUGGCCAAGGUCACACGGCAAGCCUAA